AAGAGUGACAACAUGUGCCCGCUGUGCUGCCGACUGUUCACGAGGUCUUGGCUCCUGAAGGGUCACAUGCGGACCCACACGGGGGAGCGGCCGUACCUCUGCUCCCAUCCCAACUGCGGGAAAGCAUUCGCUGAUCGCUCUAACCUGCGCUCACACAUGUUAAUCCACUCGGUUGCUGCCAGAAAUUAUCCUUGUACAAAAUGUGGGCGCAGCUUCUCACAGAAGAGAUAUCUACACAAGCAUACCAUCGAAGUCUGCAGGAUAGCCGGGGAGAAAUGA